UGCACGCAGAGCACAGCUUAGUGUAUUUUAGUGUGUUUUUGACAUAAGAAACGUGAAUACUAACUCUUUUAUUUUGUUGUUCGGAUCCAGAAUUGUUUAAGAGAAGCAUGCCGUUAUUUCCAGCCCUGAGGUGUCCCACAGUCCAACUCUUCAAUGGUCUGGAAAUCCCAAUAUUUGGAUUAGGUACAUCUCAUCAUGGCGGAUACUCACAUGAUGCCAUCCUGUACGCUCUCACUGAAUGCGGUAUUCGCCACCUUGAUACAGCAAAGCGGUAUGGUUGUGAGGAGGAGCUGGGCAAAGCUGUCAAAGAGAGCGGGCUGCAACGAAGUGAACUAUGGCUCACUAAUAAACUCUGGCCUGGGGACUACGGAUACACAGCUGCAAAAAAAGCUUGCCUGGACUCCUGCAGAGCAAUGGGGGUUGAAUAUUUUGAUCUGUACCUGAUGCAUUGGCCGGCGUCAUUAAAACCUGGUUGUUCUAACAGAGAGAUUAGAGCUGAGACAUGGAAAGCUCUGGAGGACCUUUACAAAAACGGGAUUUGUCGUGCUAUUGGGGUGAGCAAUUUUCUGAUCCACCACCUGGAGCAGUUGAAGGAAGACUGUAGUGUGGUGCCACAUGUUAACCAAGUGGAGUACCAUCCUUUCCAACAACCCAAACACCUGAUGGAGUAUUGUCAGAAGAAUGGGAUAGUGUUUGAAGGCUACAGUCCCCUGGCCAAGGGUCAAGUCCUCAAUGAUCCUGUCGUGCAACAAAUAGCAAAAAAGUACGGACGGACGGCUGCUCAGAUCUGCCUUCGCUGGAGUAUCCAGAAUGGCGUUGUCACAAUUCCAAAGUCCAUCAAAAAGAACAAGAUACAGGAAAACUGCCAAGUGUUUGGGUUCCAACUUGAUGAGAAAGACAUGGUUGCUUUAGGAAAUCUACAUGAUGGACGGCACACAAGUUGGGAUCCUACAAAUGUGGAUUAAAGUUUACCAGGAAAAACAAAAGAACAAUACUGGCAAUAAUUGUGUGUGACGGUCAUUUUUUAUGUGACUUCUCAUAGGGGGCCACUGAUGUAGAUUUCCUGAUGUAGUUUGUCUUAACUUCACAUGACAAACUGGGAAUUCAAUGUGGUUAGCGUGCCUUUUUUUUUUUGUUUUGUAGUUUUACUUCCUUAAAAUUUCAUAUUUAAAAUGUGACAAUUUAACUUUUGUUUGUAUUAUUUGAAGUUGAUUAUGUUCAAUAAUUGUUGCAGUUCUUCCAUCACAGGAUACAGUUUUAGAAAAAAAAUCUUCAAAUUGUGUACAUUUAGUUUUGGGAAUAAAUUUAUUGUUUUCAACCAUAUUAAUUAAUUUAAAAAAAUAAUAAUACUCCAAUAUAUUUGGGAUUCAAAGUCUGAAAUGACCAUGAGUAAAAUACACUUAUGUGCUUUAAUAUUUGGUACAUGAGCCUUUUGUAAGUACUUGCAUCGUAAUUGAUGGGAAUUAAAAGUGUAAGACAUUUAAAUAAAAAUAAAAGUGUUAAGUGUGACAUUACUGUUUCAUAUUUUGCAGAAAUUUAGGAAGAAAUCGCUUUCAUGUGAGUUGUUGAACUAUCUAGAACACAGUUUCUGCUGCAAAAGGUUCAAAUUGAAUCAUAGGCCUUGAACACACAACUGGAUCUGAACAGAAAUGUCUGGAGCGACAACUAUUGGGGAAAAAAAUAUUCUGGACUGUGUGGAACGUUGCUACAUUUCUCUUUGUCUUCAAGGACACAAAAGGACGAGAAAAGCCUUAGUUAGCAAUAUCAUUUAAUCUUUCCCCCUCAGAAUCACUGUUGCACAUAAGUUACAUUUUGUUGUUUUUUUUCUUCAAUUUCACAGGUUCUUUUUUCCUUUCUUCAAACUUCCAGUUUGAGCUCCCUCUCGUAUCAAACAAACACAACAAAAAAAAAGAAA